UUGCCAAUACACCAACACAGGCCUGUUCCUGUGCCGCAAGAGGAUUGGGGUUGGGGACACUGGGGGCGUGGGGAGGCACAGGGAGGUAGCCUCACCAAAUGUGUUCCUGGAAGCCUGGUCGCAGGAAACAGGAAAGCCAAAGCCUUGUGGUGAAUCUGCAGGAAGUGGUCGGGCCAGCUUUGGGGGGUCUGCUGACCAUGAAGCAGGAGGCCCUUCACAGCUCCUCAGCACUUUUCACCACUGCACUGUGGGAGCCAGCAGUAGUGGGCGCUCAGAGAAAGAGACCAAAGCCUGGGGGGACCCUCCCCCUUGCCCCUUGGAUUGGCUUUGCUGGAGCCCUGGAUUGGGAGCCCUCAGUGUGCCCAUGAGUAGCUGCACAGACCAGACCAGUCUGGGAGGUUGGGUGCUCUCACCUGAUAGGCCUGUGGGGCCCUAGCCCCCGCCCUACCUGGGGCACUAGGGGCACGAGCAAAGAUCCCUCCAUUCUCUGCACCUGUUUCCCCAGAUGUAGUACAGCCCCCACGAGUGGGCAGAGCAGCUGAAUGAGGGACAGUGAUGGGUGAGGAGGGGUCCCACCCCUGUAGUCUCUUCUGCCCACAGGGAGAAAAGGAGCAGAGGUGAGGGCUAGUCCUCCCGCCUGGGUGGUGAGGGAAGGGAGGGCGGGGCUGGAGCCUUCCCUCCCUCCCUUCUUUCCUCCCUCUUUCCUUCUCUGCCUCCUUCCCGGGCUGGCUGGGCUCCCAUCAGCCACCACAUCAAUAUUUCAUUGGCAUCAAUAAGAGGCAGCAGAGACAAUAAGAGACAGCGGCUGCCGCAGCCUGGCCAGCUUGCAGCCAGCAGCAGGAAGGGCGUCAGCUCUCCAUCCCUGCCCUCCACCAUGGACGUCUUCAAGAAGGGCUUCUCCAUUGCCAAGGAGGGUGUGGUGGGUGCCGUCGAGAAGACCAAGCAGGGGGUGACUGAAGCGGCCGAAAAGACCAAGGAAGGGGUCAUGUAUGUGGGAGCCAAGACCAAAGAGGGCGUUGUGCAGAGCAUGACCUCAGUUGCUGAGAAGACCAAGGAACAGGCCAAUGUCGUCAGUGAGGCCGUGGUCGCCAGCGUCAACACCGUGGCCACCAAGACUGUGGAGGAGGCAGAGAACAUCGCAGUCACCUCCGGGGUGGUGCGGAAGGAGGACUUGGUGAAACCUGUGCCCCCACAGGAUAAGGCAGCCACAGAGGAGGAGGGAGUAGCGAAAGAGCCCUCUGGCAGGGACUAUGGGCAGGACCAACCCUGAGCCUGAGGAUGCGGUCACAGGCUGAGAGUGGGGGAGACUAGGGCUGGAAGUCGCCAAGGAGGCCCUGAGGCGUUACCUCUCUGCCGUGGACCCUAUCCCCUCCUGGCACCUGGAGUGCCGGCCCUGGAGUGUGAUCCUGUGCAGCUGUACCCGCUCCUGGCACCCACAGGCCUGUCCUUCCAUGCUGCUGCCGCGUGACCACCACCUUACCUUCUCCCUCCCUCCCACCUUCUGGUCCUCUGAACCCACAGAUGCUGCUGUGAAUUGGUUUUGUUUUUUUAUAAUUCCAACUAAAACUCAAGUUCAAGCCCCAGCUUCCUCUCUAUUGCUGCCUGGUUUGUAAAGAAGACCCCAGGCCCUCCUGGGACAGGAACAAGUGCGGCCUGUCACCUGGGUUGGGAGGACAGGUUCUGGGCCACAUACCCUACAGGAACACAAUGGGUAUUCUAGACGCUGCUGAGAGCAGGCACUGCCUUCACCCCCGCCCACUCACAUGGCCUUCAGCUCCACCCUGACAAGUUGCAGGACACACUGACCCCAGUAGCGCAAGCUCCAGACGCCCCCAUGUGUCCAGCUUUGGCUCUGCCUCUGCAGUGGACCCAGCUUGUCUGCUCAGUGUCUGAGAAUCACUGAUGGCCAGUGAUGCUUCUGUGAGUCCUGGGCUCACGUGCCCAUCAGGGACUAGGGACACCAAAUACCCUCGCUGGGCCAGAUGGCAACUUUCCGGGGUGGGGGUGUACACGACACAUGCACCCAGGCCCCUCCACCUGGCUCUGCCCAGACUGGAGUUCCCAGCUGAGCUGGAGCCGGGUUUUCCCACCUUGACCAAGAAGUCCCUCCAGGUGUCCUUAAAACAAACUGCA